GGUGCACACAGUGCCCGAACCACAUCGAGGGAUGUUAUACAAACAUCAACAGCACAACGUACAACACGACCAUUGCAAGUCACUUUAGUGUCAGCAUGGUUGUGGUCUGGGUUGUGGUCAGCGUCUUCGCUCUCAUUCUAGCUGGACUUGUUCUGCUCUUCUGGUUCUACGAAAAGGCUGGAAGAAAACGGACAGCACCACUACAGAACAGAGAACUACCCCGCCCAGCAGUGAAAUUCAGGGUGGAACCCGAGUACAAUACUUUGUACACUACUGAGGAGCUGUUCGGUUCGCAGGUGCAAGGCACUUCAAGACAAAAGUCCAUCCCAAAGCGAGACACACGGAUAAAGUUGGUGGAGCACAGUAACGAGAUCCCUCUAGAGGAAGCGACAGUGCAGUACAAAAAGCAGGAAUACGUAACCGGCUACAUACUUCCCUGAGAUUCAGCGUGAUUCUAAAUGUGUUGAACCGUUGGUGUUUGGACAAUUAUUGUUUGGAAGAACUAUAGAUAUUUAUGGGUAAAAUGUUAAUACAUGGUUUAAAUGUAACCUUAGUCCAGUUGUUUCCCAAAACCCAAACCGUAUAUUUAUAUUGUAUAAUAUUGUAUUUAGAGGAGAGGGGAGAUAAUAAGAGCGUUUAAAAAGUAGAAAAAGUUAUUUCAAAAUGCUUGGUGUAAAACUCAGUGAUUAGUGAAACCCGACACCACAAAUCUUUCUUUCAGUAAAAGCUGUAAGAUGAAACUUCGCCCCGGAACUUUUUUUAUCGGUUGUUUAGCUUUAGUUUAGAUAGAAACUUUCUCUCUACAAUAUUUGUUUUUCUGUUACAUUGUUUAAAAAAUGAGUUUCCACUAUUGAUGAACUUUCCAAAAUGAACCUCCAAACGCAAGUAAUUAAGACUCAAGUGUCGGGUACCACAAUACAAACUGGACCACACCCCAGAAAGAUGAGCAGGUCGAGGGUACAGGGUACGAGGGCUGCUUCAGAGCUGGCAACCAGGCGGUUAUCAGAAUCCCUCACCUCAACGGUUAUUAAUCUGGGGAAUAACGCUG